AUGGCUGUGCUUAAAACUGUUCUGUGCUUUACUCUCUUUUGCUUGGUCCACUGCUUACCCUCCUUUGUAGACAGAGGAGAAGCCAGAAUGCACUUUUCUGGAUCUGACUUAGGAUCAAAGGUAUUAAGCACUCUUUAUGGAAAGAGGCAUCACCAAGAUACAAAAUUUCCAUUUUACAUGAUGCAGCUCUACCAAACUCUAAGCAACAGACGCCACUCAGACGUUCCCAUGCCUGAACAUUAUUCCCUUCCAGAAUAUGACACUGUUCUAAACUUGGUUGCUAAAGAAUGCUUUCAAAAAGACGGUAAUUGGGCACUGCUUUUUGACAUGUCUUCCAUUUCCAACAACAAUGAAUUAAGGUUGGCACAGCUAAGAAUCCAUCUUCCAUCUCUGGAGACAUCACGCAAUGUGACGGUGGAGAUCUAUCAUAGCAAGAAUGGACAUAAUAUGUUUUUAGGGUCAUUUGCCACUGACUUUUCUGUUGAACAAAACUCCUCCUGGAAGGUUUUCAAUCUUACUGAUAUAAUUCAGCGCUACCUCAAUCAACUAGACAAAUAUUCUCACACAGAAGAUAUGUGGAUUAAGAGAACAGAAAGAAAUAACAUGGAGACAAGGGUAGCAGAAAUGUUAGCUCAGACAGAAAAUAGUCUUCGGCAGAAUACAGAUAGUGUGGAUGUGCCCUUCAUCACCACAGAAAGAGUUAUGCUGGUGGUGUUUUCCAAGGACAAGCCAUCUGCCAACCUUUCUAGUUCCCUUAGCCUCAUCAAAACAGUGGAGACAUCGAAGCAUGUUACACUUGAGAAAAGUACCAGACUGUCAAGUAUAAGGAGACACAGAAGGAACAGGAAUGAAAAGCACCAUCUGUUCACGGGCAAUGGACCCUCAAAUCCAGUGGAAGUUGGGAAACAUCUUUGCAGGAAGGUAGACAUGAUUGUAGAUUUUCAGAAAAUUGGUUGGGAGAGCUGGAUUGUCUAUCCAAGAAAGUACAAUGCAUACCGGUGUGAAGGAGCCUGUCCAAUCCCCUUGAAUGAGACCUUCAAGCCAACGAACCAUGCUUACAUGAAGAGUGUGGUUAAGCUGUAUCAACCGGAACGAGUGGAGUGUCCAGCCUGCAUUCCAGUGAAGAUGAGUGCAUUGUCUAUGUUGUAUUUUGAAGGCAAUGACGUCGUUUUGAAGCACCACGAGGACAUGGUUGUUGAGGAAUGUGGGUGCAGCUGA